AUGACGUGGCAUGUGAGACUGACGGGUGGGAGCCCACUUUGGUCUGGGUUGGGACGAACCAGAUCAGAGAUCAGACCACACCCACGCGAACCACUCCACCACCGGCCAUCGCGCUUUUCCCAUUCCCUCGCCGCCGCCGCCGCCCCCGCCAAUCUCCUUCUCCGCGGCGCCGCCAUGCUCCGGCUCAGGUGCUGCCUCCUCACCCAGCUCCUCUCGCCUCCCUCCGCAUCUCCCGCCUCCCAGCUCCGCCGCCUCAUAUCCGCCGCCGCGCCCGCCAUCUUCCCGAACCCUAGCUUCGAUGUGGAGGGGUACCUCGUCUCCACCUGCGGCCUCACCCGAGCACAGGCCCUCAAGGCCUCGGCCAAGCUCUCCCACCUCAAGUCCCCUUCCAAGCCCGACGCCGUGCUCGCCUUCCUCGCCGGCCUCGGCCUCUCCGGCGCCGACGUCGCCGCCCUCGUCGCCAAGGACCCGCUGUUCCUCUGCGCCAGAGUGGAGAAAACCCUGGCCCCCGUCGUCGCUGGGCUCACCGGCCUCGGCCUGUCACGUUCUGACAUCGCGCGCCUCGUCUCGCUCUCCCGUGACAAAUUCCGAUGUAGAUCCAUCGUCUCCUAUCUACAAUACCACCUGCACCUCUUCGUCUCCUUUGAGAACCUCCUCCCUGCUCUCAGGCGCGGCUUAUGCCUUGUUUCGGCCGACCUCGAGACAGUGGUCAAGCCCAAUGUUGCGUUCCUUAAAGAGUGCGGGCUAGGUGAUUGCGACAUUGCCAAGUUGUGUAUCGGUCAACCAUGGCUGCUCGCCUCAAGCUUAGAGUGCGUCCGGUCAGUGGCGGCACGCGCCGAAGGUAUUGGUGUGCCCUGUGGCUCUGCGAUGUUCAGGCACGCGUUGUGGGCUGUUGCACGCCUCAGCCAGGAGAAGAUCGCCGCCAAAGUGGAGCACUUGAAGAAGAUGCUCAGGUGGUCAGAUGCUGAGGUGCGCAUUGCUUUGUCCAAGUCUCCAGGGAUGCUGAGUUUUUCUAGUGACAGGCUGCAGGGCAUCUCAGAGUUCCUCAUCUCCAAGGCAGGGCUGGAACCAGCAUACAUUGCUCAUCGGCCCGCCAUGCUCAAUUAUAGCCUGGAGGGCCGGAUCAAACCCCGGCACUACGUUGUAAAGUAUCUCAAGGAAAAUGGAUUUCUAGAUCAUGACCGGGACUAUUAUAAUACGCUCUGUAUCAGCGAAAAGGUAUUCAUGGAGAGGUUCAUAUGUCCUCACAAGGAAGCUGCACCCCACCUUGCUGAAGACUAUGCCGAUGCUUGUAGAGGGGAAGUGCCUUUCAGUUUCAGAUUUACAUAA